CGGCAUGUGUGUGUACGGGGCUUCAGCUCGCAGCAUCCGCGUUUAGUCAUGGCGGCAGAUCCGGUUACCCCUCCGAUCAGCUGGUAGAGUCCGCAGGUCAAACAUCUGCCGAACCUUCAUGACAUCAGAAAUCAUCUGAAGCGGAUUUACACACAGAAACACAAUUAAAGCGCGUUCAUUGACCAGGAUCGAAAUCGUUAUUCUGAUGGAUCUGUUCGGCUUUCUGAAUGUAAACGAGCUCGCGCUCGCGUUCUCAAAUCUGUCCAUGUUCCCGUACUUUGACAUGGCGCAUUACAUCAUAUCAAUAAUGAGUCUGCGAGAGCAGCCAGGAGCGAUGGAGGUCUCUCAGAGGAGUCCCUUUGCCUGCUGGUUCAGUUCAAUGCUUUAUUGUUUUGGGGGAGCGAUUCUCUCUGCGCUGAUGAUGGCAGACGCGCCGGUCGCACCCCUCUCUAAUACUACAAACCUACUGCUCGCAUCUCUCAUGUGGUAUCUGGUGUUUUAUUGUCCUCUGGAUGUUGUGUACUCACUGACCUCCAUCUUUCCUCUCCGUCUGCUCCUGACUGCUAUGAAGGAAGUGACACGUACAUGGAAGGUCCUGGGCGGAGUCAUUCAAGCUGGGAAAAAGUAUAAAGAUGGUCUUUUUGUCAUGAUCGCAGUGGGAUGGGCAAAAGGUGCUGGUGGAGGUCUCAUCAGUAACUUCGAGCAGUUAGUUCGGGGCGUCUGGAAGCCUGAGACCAAUGAACUACUGAAGAUGUCAUACCCGACUAAAGUCAGUCUGUUGGGAGCGUUUCUGUUUUCUCUCCAGCAGUGCCGAUACCUCCCGAUUCAAACACAUCACCUCAUCUUCAUCUACACGCUCUUCAUCGUCACCAACAAGAUUCGCAUUAUGAUGUUGGGUUCCUCUUCUUAUCCGUUCUCUUCGGUGGAGUCUGUCCUCUUCAAGACUCUGUUCGUUCGACCUUUGACCUUUUCAUCCAUGAGUGACCUGACCCAAAGCUCUGCCCACCAGAACCACAAAAAACCAAACGCUUCCAACGGCUCGACAUCCUCACGCAACACGGACCAAACUGACCGUAAAGAGUCAGCAGUAAACAAAAAGAUCAACUGAACCAAAGAGACUUGAUGUGUGUGCGAGUGCGCGCGCGUGCGUGCGUGUGUGUGUGUGAUUCUCUUUAUUCUACAUCAGAUCUGUGCUGGUGAAACUUUUCUAAACAAUUCCUGCUGAUAAUGCUUUUAAAUGCACAAAAUCUAUUUUAUAUUUCUGUGUAUAUUGCUGUGAUGUGUAUAUAUUUCCUAUUCUGAUAUGAUUGACAGAAAUUCUAUUCUUUUCUAUUCUCUAUCUGCAGUGAUCAUAUAUUUUGUAUUAUUUAUAAUGCAUUUGUGAAUGCAAUCACUUACAGUGGAAUGCUGAGCAUGUUUAUUAUGAAAUGAUUGAAUAUAAUUCACCUGAUCACUGA